GAGAGGAGAGGAAAACAAAUGGAAAGAGAGCAGAGAGAGAGAGAGCGGGGCCCGAGAGAUUCCUCUUUAACAGUGGGAGUCCCCUGCUCUGCUGGCUUUUGGUUUGAAAAGAAUAAAGGCGACUUUUCCUAAAGAAGGCCAACAGGAUUUUGACAUCAUUUCAGUGUUUUGACCUGUACAAGAACCCUUCAGUUAUUUAUUAACUAGAAACUCUGCCAUGGAGAAGACAUACUCACUGACAGCCCACUACGAUGAGUUCCAGGAAGUUAAAUAUGGCGGUCGCUACAGCAGUGAUAUCCUCAGUAAUGGCAUGACCCUUCAUCUCGGGGGCAGCUUGGACCGUCACGUGGGACGAAGCCGGGGAGGGACCUGGUCAGGCAGUCGAAACAAAGAUCAAGGGAGCACCGGCAACAGCGGUGGCCUCCCUCGAUGGAGCCGGAGGGAGAUCUGCCUCCUCUCGGCACUGGUCUUUGCAGCAGGCAUGUGUGUCAUCUUGGGAAGCAUGCUGGCACUCAAGUACAUUUCACUGGAUGCCCAGCAGGACAUUCAGUGCCGACAGGACUGCCAACGGAAACGCUCCCUCCUGCGGGCUGCUCGUUUUGUUCAGGCCAAUAUUGACCCAACCAUCCAGCCCUGCCAGGACUUCUAUUCCUUCGCCUGUGGCGGUUGGCUGAGGCGCCACGGCAUCCCUGAAGACAAGCUUAGCUACGGCAUCAUUACCGCUAUAGGAGAACAUAAUGAGGAGAAAUUACAGCGCCUUCUGUUGGAGCCAAUUCGGAGGCGUGGGCCUAACUCGGCAGAACGCAAGGUCAAGGAGUUCUAUCGAUCCUGCGUCAACAUCCAGGAGAUUGACAAGCUGGGGUCUGACCCCAUGAUAGAAGUGUUAGACAGCUGUGGAGGGUGGGACCUGGUGGGGGCUCCCCCUGGUGCUGCUGGAUGGGAAAGGGAGGGUGCGCCACAGAGGCCGGACUUCAAUGAGCUGCUCUACAGGACACAGGGGGAGUACAGCACUGCCGUCUUCUUCUCACUUACAGUCAACGUGGAUGACAAAAACUCCUCCAGGAAUGCUAUCAGGAUCGAUCAGGAGGGACUCACACUGCCUGAAAGAAGUCUGUACCUGGGGCAGGAUGAAGACAGUACAAAGAUCCUGACGGCGUACAAGGGUCUGAUGGAGCGCUUGCUGAGCAUGCUGGGAGCUCACAACGCCACGCAGAAGUCCAUGGAGAUUAUACAGCUGGAGACCCGUCUGGCCAAUAUCACUGUGUCAGAAUAUGAUGACCAAAGAAAGGACAUCAACACCAUAUAUAACCGCAUCACCCUUAGGCAGCUACAGCGUAUUGCUCCCAGUCUUCAUUGGAAACGUUUGCUCGACAGAAUUUUCCAUGACAACUUUUCAGAAGAUGAAGAGAUCGUAGUGCUCGCCACCGAUUACAUGCAGAAAGUUUCUGAAAUCAUAAAGACCACUUCGAAGAGGGUUCUCCAUAACUACAUGUUGUGGCGCAUCGUGGCAGCACUGAGUGAACAUCUGUCCACCGCCUUCCGCAGCACCAUCCACGAGUUUUCCCGAGAGAUUGACGGCACCGAGCAGCAGCUGGAACUGGGCAGGCUCUGCCUCACCCAGACAAACAAACACUUUGGCAUGGCCCUGGGAGCCCUGUUUGUCCAGCAGCACUUCUCCUCAGAGAGCCGGGCUAAGGUACAGGAGCUGGUAGAGGACAUAAAGCACUCUCUGGACCUCCGGCUGCUGGAACUUGACUGGAUGGAUGAAGCCACCAAGGAUGCUGCAAGAGCAAAGCUGAAGCAUAUGAUGGUGAUGACAGGAUACCCAGACUUCCUGCUUGAACCUGAGCUCAUUGAUCAAGAAUAUGGGUUUGAUGUGGACGAGAAGACCUACUUCAAGAACAUCCUCAACAGCAUCAAGUUCAACAUCAAGCUGUCUGUCAAGAAAAUCCAUGAAAAAGUGGACAAAACAGCGUGGCUUCUCCCCCCACAGGCCCUUAAUGCCUACUACCUCCCUAACAAGAACCAAAUGGUCUUUCCUGCUGGCAUCCUUCAGCCCACUCUCUAUAACCCAGAGUUUCCACAGUCUCUGAAUUAUGGAGGCAUAGGAGCAAUCAUCGGCCAUGAGCUGACACAUGGAUAUGAUGACUGGGGGGGCCAGUACGACCGCCAUGGUAACCUCAAACAGUGGUGGACCGAGGAGUCCUACAGAAAGUUCCAGAAGAAGGCCGAAUGUAUUGUCAAGCUCUACGAUAACUUCACUGUUUAUAGUCAGAGGGUGAAUGGCCGUCUGACACUGGGUGAGAACAUAGCAGAUAUGGGAGGGCUGAAGCUGUCGUACUAUGCAUAUCAGAAAUGGGUGAGGGAACAUGGUCCAGAGAGGCCCCUGCCUGGCCUCAAAUACACCCAUGAACAGCUGCUCUUCAUUGCCUUUGCACAGAACUGGUGUAUGAAGAGAAGAUCUCAGUCCAUCUACUUGCAACUGCUUACUGACAAGCAUGCACCAGAGCACUACAGAGUCAUUGGCAGCGUGUCCCAGUUUGACGAGUUUGCCCGUGUUUUCCACUGUCCGAAGGGUUCCCCAAUGAACCCCACGCACAAAUGCUCCGUUUGGUGACCCCUCCACUCAGCAUGGGAAUACCUUCAUCUUUAAAACUCCCACCCAAAACACCCCGUCACCUCCUACAUCACAUGUUUAACAGAUCCGACUUGAUGAUACAGCAUAAAGUCCAUUCACGACUAUGAAAGACACAGAAAGGAAAUGUAUAUUUUCAACAUUAGCAUCAUAUAUGUUGAUUUUUAUAUAUUGAUUGUCCAUUAAUAACUGUACUUAUCAAACAAAGCAUGGGUCACAUGACCAUUUAUAUAUAUAGUGCAUAUAUACACACUGUAUCAUUUGAUUAUCUAUAUUUUUCUAUGUUUAAAUUUAUUUUCAAAUCAUCUAUUUUUGUAUUCAGCUAUCUCACACACAUAGAUCCCAGAGUUAUUUGAUUUUUAAUUAAGCAACACGUUUCCUCACUCGUUUCUCUCCUUUGUAGCAUCAGCUGGAAAAACUUCAACUUAUAUGAUGACUAAUAAUUGACAACACAAGUGAUUUCAGUCCCGAAUGUAAACUGACCAAUUUACAGUGAAACUGAGAUCAGUAGCAUCCUCGUGCCUGCCAAAUUAUUGGUGUUCUCUCCGUGUGGUAUUGGAUUUGUGUCACACUGCUGCACUCUUGUGGCCGCAGAGAGCAAUGGUCAGUGUUCAAUCGUCAUGACUGUAUCGUCUGCCUGCAUUGGUCUCUUGUUACUGUGAGCGUUUGUACUGUUUUUAAAAUUUGUCGACUUUUUUUUUUUUUUUUUUAAGGAGAAAGUAAACUCGUGUUUUUCUCAGGAUGUGUAGCAAAGUCAAAUACCAAAUGGAUCUCUGCAUUCAGCCUACAUCUCAAAGAAGCUGGUAUAUCAAUCAAACACUGGACAAAAAAGACUGAGUUUCCUCACCACAAUUCAAAGCACAUGUAACAGCCUGAGCUCUUCCAGUUCUACUGGAGAAACUCUGCAUUUGGAUAAUUCCCGUCUCCCGUGUUUCCUGGUGAACUCUGAGUGAUCUUAGACAACCUGGGACUCAUCAUAUAUUCACAGUUAACUCAGCAAAUAAUGCAAGCAACACUCUGUACAUUAGCGUGCAACAAUGGUAGAUGGAGAAUCGUGCAUUUGUACAGUGUUAUGAAAAAAAAAAAAAAACUUUUGUAUGAGGAAUCUGUUGGUACAAAAAAUGAGACUCUUUGUACAGCAGAGGAUUAAAUCAGAUGUUGUGGGUGUACAGUUUGUUUUGAAGAGAGUGCAUGUUUCCAUACUGACCGACAUUCUAACUCUGAUCAAUAAACACGGAGGACAUCGCACGCACACGUCUGACUCUGCAGCUGCUGGUUCACAUGUGGCUGCUAUCUCUUCCUCUC